AUGAGAGGUCAUAAGAUCGUGAUUCCCGAGACGUUGCGUAAAAGGGUGUUAGUUGAGUUACAAAAAACACAUCUGGGUAUCGUAAAAACCAAGGCCGAAGUUCGAUCCAGAUUUUGGUUUCCGGGCGUAGAUGAGGCCGUGGAGCAUAUGAUAGGGACAUGUGAGGUAUGCAUCAACCUGCGGCCAUCUCCUCCGCGCGUGCCGCCGGCCCCCUGGCCUCGGACACACCACCCUUUCACCCGCGUACAUAUGGAUUUCCUGGGUCCCAUAGCCGGUCGAAUGUAUUUAGUGGUCAUUGAUUCGUACUCUAAAUGGCCGGAGAUAUACGAUACAGCUAGUUCUACUUCCUCCGAUACAGUCAUUGAAAAGAUGUACGAAUUCAUAUCUAGGUUCGGCAUACCGCAAACGAUUGUAAGCGACAAUGGAACGGCGUUUACUUCACAAGAAUUUAAACGUUUCUGUGAAAUAAACGGGAUAUCACACGUUACGUCGCCACCGUAUCACCCGGCAAGUAACGGUCAAGCCGAAAGUUAUGUAAAAAUAGUCAAAAAGGGUAUAAAAUCAAGUAUUAUGUCUAGCAGCAACACAAAACAAUCAAAAAACAAUUUAUUAAAGUUUUUGUUUGAUUACCGGAAUUCAAAGCACUCGACCACCGGCAUGUCACCCGCCGUGUUGAUUUUCGGGCGAAAGCUAAACUCGCGCUUAGACAGAUAG